AUGCCCCUUUUGGUGGAAUUCGACCUUAAAGGGGGUACUCGAGAAUACUUAACAUAUAACUUUGAAACCAACAAUUGGCUGAAUGAUACUGUCACAACUGUUAGGGCUAAGUUAAAUGUAUUGAAAGAGAAUCUAGGAGUUCCUCUUGUUCUGGACUUGGGGAAUAGACCCUCCAGUAAUGACAUGACUUACACUACAAACGAUGUUCUUGUUAGAGUAACUGCUGCCGACAAUUCUAACACCGGUUUCCCCAAGUACACUCAUAGAUUUACAACAGGAAAAUCCCAUUUUGUUGGUUCUUUUUUGAAUGCCGGGGCACCUCAAAUGGGUUUGCCUGUCGUCAGACUUAAUGAACUUUCAGUUUAUUUCUCUGAUGACGUUCCUCUUCUUUUAGAGAUGAACUUAACUCUUUCUGGUGGUUCUGGUAAUAAAUUUGUCUAUUAUACUACAAAUGGAUUUGGCUUUUGGACCAAGGCUCUCCUAGGCCCUGAACUUAAAACUCCGGCCGCGCUACUUAAGAAAUUGGUUGCCGAUAACAAGAAACUUGUUGCUGAUAAUGAUAAAUAUGUUGUUGAUGUUUCCUCGAAGAAUAAUUAUCUAUCUGUUGGCAAAUUGUUAACUGUCACAAAAGCCGAUUCUACAAAUUUUCAAGGUUAUGAGGUUUUUGUCCACAAAGCUAAAAAUAACGCUCCUUUUAAGUUUGAGAAAUUAUCUGUAGCUGGGAAAGAUGUUAAAUCUGAGGGCGUUGACUUACAAGAAGGCGCAUCAGCUGCUACCGUUUACUGCGCACCUGGAGCUCCUAAGCCACAGAAUGCUCCUUCAACCGAUGCUGGACAGCAGCCUCAGGGUUCACAACAACCUCCCCAGCAGGCUGUUCAACAACCUGUUCAGAGUCUCCAACAAAAGGUUGCAUUUGCCAAUUAUUAUGCUUAUAAUGGUGAGACUGGACUGUGGAAGAAGACUGCAUUGGAUUCUAACGCCGGUUCUGAUACAAAUGCAGCUUUAAAUAAGAUGUUGGAGACCUCAAAAGCUUCUCUUGGUUCCGUAACUCUUGAUGUGGGACAUUCAGUGGGCACUUAUAAAUCCGGGCCUGUUACUGUUGUGGUAACUUCUGAACCACUUGAUACAAGAAGGCAAACUCUGUACGAUAAAAUGGUUCAUGAACUUUCUACACCAUUCACACUUGGAAAGCUGAAAAGUUUCGACUUUGGACUCAGACUGGCUCGGAUCAAACAAGGUACGACUGAGGAAUCAGAAGAUUUCACACUGAAGGAUGUAGUUCUUAAAAAAGCUGAGGUUUAUGUAUAUAAAUAUGUCCCCCUUGGAAUCAGGCUAUUUUUAAACGAUGGAACGAUGCACUAUUUUCUUAACAGUGUUAAUAGGCCCUCUUGGCUUCUAUUUACUCCAGAAGCAAAUAAGUCUCUUUUAUCCUACCUGGAUACAGUCAGAGCUAGAUUAAACACAGUUUCUUCAUUGGAUGUUUGUAGGAAACUAACGAGUGGCUCGGCUACUACUUAUGAACUUCCUAGAGAUGCUGGUACUGAAAAGGUUCAAGUAACACUAUCUACUAUGGAGGUGUCUAAGCCAGGAUUGACAGGGCUUACCCACAAGUUCACUGAUGACGUUAAGUUAUCUGCAUUGAAUUGUAACGGUAAACUGUUAACUGGUCUUGAUUAUACUGCUGUUAGAAAUGUACAUGUUUAUUACAGAGGAGCUGUUCCUGCUGUUGUUAAAACUAACUCUGAUCCAAGGUAUUUCAGAAGUGACGGAACAGGUUUAUUGUCAUUGCACCCUCUUCCUCAGGGAGCAAACGACUUAACCGCAGAACAGGUUGGGAACCUUUUAAAUGAAGUUUCUGAAGAUCUUGGACCUGUUUUAGAACUUAACCUUCAAGCCAAGUCAACAUAUAUUGCAGGUGGAACUUCUGUGAAUGUUACUUCCAAACAACUAAACAGUGAAUGGAACGUUUAUACUCACUCUGUACCAGAAACUGCUCAGAAAUUCACUGUUUCUAAGUUUCUUAAAGGUACUGAAGAUGUUAAUGGACUUCCUACGUCAUCUACUUAUUCAUCUGUACUCGUUGGUUUAAAAGGUGAUGUUCCCCAUGUUUUAGCUUUAAAGACCGUGAGCAAUCCCAGAUAUGUCUGGUACGUCUUUAACAAAUACAAGUGGCUCUUUGAUUAUGACAGUGACGAACUUCCAGAUGAUUCAGAGUUAUUGGGAUAUAUGUUAGAUGUCGAAGAUGGUCUUGACAAUGAAUAUGAUUUCGAGCUUGCUCCAGGAUUGCACAGCGAUUCAUUUGCUUUAGAUUACCACGAUUUGUAUCUUGGUCUUGAGUCAUACACAUAUUUGUCCUAUCUUCCAUUUUCUAAGAAGUUCCCGUUCUUGGUCAAGUCACUAAUGUAUGAUUCUGUUCCACUUGAACUUCCUGGUCUUAAUUCACAACACUUAAAAUGGUUAUCUGUAUACACUCUUUGGAAAGCCCCUGUUGUGUUUAAUGCAUUCACCCAUGAUAAUAAGCAUUUGUUUUAUGAAAAUACUUCUGAAGGGGUCUGGAAAAAGUUUGAACUGGCCGAACUUUCAGAGAAAACAUUAUAUGCAAAGUUGAAGGAAGUUAAAGACAGAGCUUCAUCUAGCUUCUCACCUGAACUUACUAUGAAAGAAUCAUAUAAGAAAUACGGCUUUUCUGUUGAUGUUUCUGUAUCAGAUGUUGAUGGUGUUUCCGGAUUUAAGAAAUAUGUCCACAAACUACCAAGAUCCGCUGAUGAAACACGGGAUAAACCAUUUACAGUACCAUCUUUGAGCUACAACUAUGUUCCCCUAAACGUUGUUAUGCCUAAAGGCACAAUGACACAACUGGAAGUAUUUCAAAAUUCUGAUGGUGUACCUCUUGGUGUCUAUUUUCUUGCUACCCUAACUACUGUUACCCCUGCUACUGAAGGAUCUGAAUCCUCAUCUACAACUAAACAAAGUCAUAACUACUUCUUUAAUACAUCUGGUCAAUGGGUUGCACAUGAUAAAACCGAUGCUGCACUCCAAGUAGAAGUUUUGAAGACCAAGCUUACUGCUGCAAACGAAACACUUGAUUUCUACGUUGAAGUUGAUCUUGUUCACAAACUACCGUAUGUAUUUUCAAAAGAUGUAAAGGUUAAACCUGCGACGGGAUCAGUUGGCGAAGGAGCCACAGAGAAAAAAGCUGUUGAUUUCUUGGUAACAUUUAACCCGAGGCCUUUCUAUAAGUAUACUACAUAUACUCACGUUCCGCAAGUUAGAGUUGGUACAGAUCCUGUAAAAACUCAGGAUUUUGCACCUUUUGUUACAGCAUUCAAAGAAAAGGGAACAGUCCUGAAAGGUUUUGAUCUUCUUAAGGUUGUUAAAUUUACCGUAUAUUGGUUGGAUGAUUCCUAUCCUGUGUUUGUUCAUGUGACCACCUCCAACUCAAGCAAGUACUUCGGUCGCAAAGAUUCUGGUUUAUGGGUUCCACUGAAAACAGCCACUAAUGCUCUUGACGACGUAGCCCUAUUUGAAUUGUUAUCAAUGGCAAGAAAGAACUUCGCUUAUUCCGCAGAUGUGGAGUUGACUGGGGGCCUUGCUGCUGGAUAUUGGGAGAGGUACUUCACCAAUGGCCUUGCUAUGAAAGUCGUAGAUCAAGGUUUAGUUGGUCAAACCUUUAAAUCAUACCUUCAUAGCUCGGCUUCAGUUUUCUCGCCGACUUUUAAGCUCAUGAAUUUUAACCUGUGGGGCAGAUUUGUAUACAAAGUCCCCGAUUUGGGAUAUACCCACUUUGUAAGAGUAGUCACUGAUUUGCAAGAUUUCCCUCUUCUUAUGGAAGUUGGAAGUUCACUUUAUAAUACAAGGAAUGGUCCCCUUAGAUAUUACUACUUCCAGUAUUUCCCUGAUCCUAACUUUGGUUGGUUGGUCCAUACUUUACUUGAGUCUAAAACGAAGUUGAAUGAGGAGGGUCUGUUGAAUUUACUCAAAUUUAUGGUUAAUCACUCACCCAAUGUUCACACUUUAGUACUUGAUAAGAAAGCCAAUUAUAAUAGUAAGACUGAUCAAAAUGUUACUGUUUCUAAAGAUAAUACUUCACUUCCUGAAUCUAAGUUCGAAGUUUGGACUCAUACAUUGUCUGAUCAGUCUUCUUUCAAGACUUUGCUGUUAGAGGUUAAUGGAAAACGUGUAGUACUAGUAAAUAAAGUUUUAAAAUUUAAACUUGCAAAAGUUUACUGGCUUAGUGGAGUACCGGUACACGUAGAGCUUGAACACGCCGACCAGAAGGGGACUGCUAAAAAUGUUGAGGAUAGAUUGCAUUAUUUCUGGACUAAUGGAGAUGUUUGGAACAAGUUAUUGGAUCCUUUAGUUACUAAUGAAACCCCAGUUGCUGGUUUACAUGAUGUAUUACUACCUUACUACACCACACAUGUCACAUUAGAUCUAGGUAAAAGGCUUAAAUCUCAUAUGACUGGACGGCCUACUCAGUUGCAAAUGGUUGAGUACAAACACGAGAAUUUUGAUCUCCCUGAGGAAAUGGUUGGAUAUCUCCUGUUCUCUGAUGAAACUGGAGUUAAACUUGAUAAGGUCAUGAAUCACGGAUUUGACUUUGCCCGGUGGAAUCUACCACUUCCAAAAAAUAAUGUAUACCGUGCAGUAGUUUAUAGUCCAGACUAUUUCUAUUCUCCAGUAUUUCUAGAGUUAUUGUCAAAAUCACCUGCUCCAGAACCUGGGGAAAAUAAUGCUAUGGUGGAACAUUAUCAUUAUUACUAUCCUACAAGUGCUGGAAAUUGGGUAUUUCUGAAUACCGAUGAAAAAAAGUUGGACCUUGGACACCUUCGUCUUAAGCUUGAAUCGUUCACAAAUCCUCUCCCAGUUUUGUUGGAUUUGGCCAAGAAAAAUGGCACUUAUGGUUUAAACGAACUUGCUGUGACCAAAACAAUGCUUCACUCAACUAAUCCUUACGCUAAGUAUGUCCAUAAGUUGACAAAUAAUGAAAGUUUCCUCACUGGUAAAUGGGUGUUUGGCGGAUUAGUUCUUAGCAAAUUACCUUUGGUCAGGGCCAAAUCCGUUUCUGUUUACUUCUACCAGGAUCUUGUCCCAUUGUUAGUUGAGGUUGUUGACGACGGACUAGUCCGACAUUUUUCAGUAGAUGCAAAGGGAUUUUGGCUUCCAGACUUCGUUUUGCCAACUGCAGUUCUAUCGUACCUUGAUUAUCUUGUUAAUGACUUGAUGCUGUUUGGUAAGUCUACUGAUGAAUGGGUUCCACAGCUUUACAAUAAGUUCCUUUCAGAGUUUGAACUUGUGCCAGAACUUCCUGCUCCAAAGUCAACUGUACCAGCUCAAGCCGGUGCAUCUGGUCAACCCGCUUCAAACGCUGCUCAAACUGGUUCUGCUCAACUACCUUCAGGAACAACCGGUGUUCAAGUUGCGACCUCUGCAGUAACUACCACUCUAGUCCGUGCUGGAACUGCAUCAGAACAAAGAACAGGCGUUUUGAGGACUGUAACUUCGCAAGAGAGACAACAAACAUCAAAUGUUGAAUCUACUGGUCAAGUUGCUCAGGUUACCGCCGCUUUGUCCGGUUCUGUCGUCCAGUCUAUGGCUGGCACUAAAGCAGGGGCCGGCGGAGCCGAUUCAACUCAGUCUACUGCAGCAGGAACACCUCGUGCCGAAGCUGCUGCUGCCGUGCCUACUGUGAAGGCAACAACUGGGGCAGAUGGAGUUUCUGGAUCGUCAAAUAGUGUUCUUCCAUUAUCAACUGCAGCCCCUGCAAGGAAACCAAGAAGGUCAUUCCGUCCGGUAGCUUUAGACUUUGACAAACUAUUCUUCGCUUAUGUGUCUUUGGGAAAGUUUGUGGUUGUAAAAAGAUUUGAGUAUGUCCCAUACGGUUAUAACUUUUCAAGACAUUCUCUCUUAGGUGUUAAAUCACUUUUCGACAAGUUCUUUUUAAAUGACAGGAUGUAUUCUGUUUCUUACUAUUCUACACUUCCCGUUAAUAAAAGAAAAGUAAGCUCUCUUGGAUUUUAUUCUUGGGCUGAUAAUCCUUUACUGUUGAAGUUAGGUUUCGAUAACAAAACUCCUAAAUUCUUUUCAUUCGAUAAAACUGCCGAUAGUUGGAACGCCCACAAUGUUGUGAAUCUUGAUGAGGAACUUGAGGAUUUAAAUAACAAGUUAAAUGAUGCAUUUGUGUUUGAAUUGUCGAAACCACUCAAAGUUGAAUACAGAUAUUAUAAUAAUACUGCUUAUCGUACUUCUUUGACUUCAACUUCAGAGAACUCAGCAUUUUUUUCUGUAACUUAUAAAACAUAUCGAUACAGACCUUCAACAUCGAAUUUGGUAGAUGACGUUUAUACUCGUCUAAAAUUCAAGGUUGCUAAACUUAGGUUAAAUGGAGUUGAUCUUUCAGUUGAUGGACUUCCAGUUGACAUGAGUUUUUAUAUGUUAAAGGUUCACUCUUCUAAGUCACUUGGUAAACCAUUGGUUUUAGUAUUAUCCGACUAUAAACCUGUAGCUGGUACAGAUGGUGUACUUGUAACGACUGUAACUGAAAGUACUCAGAUGAAUACUCAUUACCAUUAUCAUCUGAACGCUGAAGGAUCUUGGACAUUCUUCGUACCAGAAGGUGACAAUGGUGUGAACAACAAAUUGGUUGAACUUGAAAAGGCGUUUGCAGUACGAAAAACAUUGGAUUUGGCAGUUGUUACUGGUGCAGCAACCUCAGUGUGGUAUAAAACAAAACACGAAGACUUUACUGUUGAUAGGGUUUUCCUUCAAUUACUCCGACCUCAUUCCCCGCCAGUAUCAGAGUCUGGUGAAUCCUCUGCUCCACAAUUUAAAGUUGUCGAUCCACUCUUGGGAUUACCUGUAAAGACUGAAUUACCAGGCUCUGGUUUAUUUUUAAAUGUUCCUCUUGCUCCCUAUAAAGUACCUGUUGGUCCAGAACUCGGUGAGGGCUUUGAGCUCUAUCUACAUCACAAGCCAUACUUUUUGCAUUCUGCUGCUUCAGCUCCUCAACAACGUGUCAUGUCUGCUGUUGGUCAAGCUGAUGCACCGGUUCACCCUACUCCUGAAGUUGCUGCUGCUGUCGGAGCUCUAAGUGCUUCUCUCGGUCAAGAUGUUUCAGUUUCUUCACCUGCUGAAGCUGUUCCACCAGCUGCUGAAGCUCCUCCAUCAAAUGCUGAACCUCGUUCCGCAGCUGCCCCUCAGGCACAGGCUCCUACUCCUACUCCUACUGGUGUAGUGAAAUUUCAAAAGUUUUUGUUGAACGACUUGUGGCUUUCUGGAUUUCCCUUAGAUUUUGCUGCGCCUUUCGAACCUCUUGCAGAUGGAUACGCAGGUCUAACAGUAUUUUACCAGAAGAAUUCAAAUAACCCAUUCAUGUUUGCAUUGUUUGCACCCCUUGAAAACUCUGGAUCUCUUGAUAAAGCGUUUUACCACGUCUGGGUCAAUAGGGACCUCAAAUGGGUGAAGACUACUGAAUUGCAAGAAUUUUACAAGCUCAUGCGCUCAGUUGAACUAAGGCUAGAUUUAUCUGAAUUCUCAGAAGUACUUCCAAAAUUCACCCAAAUGUUAACCAAAUUUUCAAAUGAAUCCAAGACACUCUUGACUAAUCCCUUCCGGCUUGAUCUAAAUCAAGACGACCGUGUUACAUUUGGAGAUGUGGUUGUAGAUAGAGAUGCUGAUGUUCUUCCAGAUUUAAACCUUGUCAAGGUUACUUUUACACCAUCGCUAACCAUGGGAGAUUCAAACGCUGCGAACUUUACUUUGGAAAAAGUGACUAACUUCAAAAAUAACUAUGCAGGUUUUAGAUUCCCUCUUUUCGGGGUUGUGAGAGUAAAUGUCUACUUCAGAAAUGAACCUGAUCGCUAUGCCAAAGUCCCUGUGCUAAUGGAAUUCGUUCAGAAAGCCUCUGAGAGCGGAGCUAACAAGUUAAAUCACUCUUUCUACGCAUAUCAAGGCGGUAAUGAGUGGAAAUUCUACUUUAUGUCUCUAAACAAGUUGGAAGAUCAUGAAGUUUCAGAUUUAGUCAACUACCAAUUGUACCAGUUCUACAGAGUAUCUAAAUUACGCGAGAAUGCUCUGCUACUUGAUCUAGAUACUAAGUUCUCUCACAUGAAUUGGGGCCGUUUUGUAGAUUCUGUUGAAUUUUACCACGAUCCUACUCCAAAUGCACCAUUAAGUCCUGUUCCUGAAGGGUUCCUUCUUUACAGGCACUCCAUGGCUACUGAGAACACUACCUUUACUCUUCCUUUUUUCAAGUUACAGGGACAUGUAAAGGAAACUGGAUUUAAACUGCCUUUCGCUCAGUAUUUCGUAUAUUAUAAGGUUGGCGAACAUGUGCCAUUUGUUUUUGCAUUGGCUCAAUGUGACAAUGUUGACAGACAACCAACGCAUCACUGGUACUUUGUUAAGCAAGGCGACUAUGUCAAGUUUAAAUUUGCUGAAGACGUCGACCCCGAUAAUAAGGAUAGUAAGACUAAGGUUGCUGAGAAGUUUAAAGAACUUCUAAAUUCUCCACCGGCUCCACUAAAUGAACCCGAUACAUUGAAUUCACUACCCACUGGAACUAGCCUUACAUUCCCGACUUUCCCUCUAACUGAUCCCCGAGUUUUAUCCAAACCAUCGAAUGGAGUACCAACUCAAUCUGCUCCAAAAAGUUACAAUCUUAGUGGGGAACUCGACGUAGGUGAUGACUCUAAUUCAUGGUUCUAAGAUCACUUAAUGAGAUUAUAUAUAUACUAACAUAUGAGAUGUUAGUAAAUUAUACAAUAAUAUACCUUAACAUUUGUAUGAAACUAUUACGGAUGUUAAAUUUUACCUUAUACACAAAAUAUUAGGCCGACGCCUACCUCUAAUUUCUGAACCCUUACUUUAACUCUAAGCAAUGGGUUCUCAUCUGAGUCGUUUUAAUUGUAUAUCCAAACUUAAAAUUAUGAUUAUUUA